AUGCGCGCCACACACCACGCCUUUACCACCUAUGCUCACAGUGAGGUACUGGAAGCGUGUGUGGCGCUCACGUCUUCGGGGGAUGAGCGCGCUAUUGAGCCUUAUCACGUCUCGCUGAGGACUACACGGUCCGGCGCAUCCUUCAGCAACUACUACACGGUCAAUAACCCCGAGUUCGACGUCGACGGUCUAUUGGAGCGCUACUACCAGGAGAACGCGGAACAGGAUGAGGAGGAACUCGUGGGGGCCGAAGCCGCCGACAACUGGCAAGGCGAUCGCGCACCCAGCCCCACCUCCUCUCCCCUAUCCUCCGCACCGCCCUCACGCUCACCCUCCCGGGCAACAUCACCCGCGCCACCCUCCGUCAAGCGUGCUCGCGACCCCUCUCCGCCAUCCGAUCGCGCGCCCUCGCCAGCCACCGACGCGACACCCGCCGCCACCGGGCACAAGCCUUCUAAGAAGAAGAACUCCCGCAAAAGUCGGCAGCGCAAGGCACAACGCCGCGAUGCUGAGGGCAACUGGGCGCCGCCGCCAGCUCGCCUGCUUCGCAAAUCGCGCCACCUCGCGAGCGCGACGUUCGAAGAAGUCACCCUUGAUUGGGAUGCGCAACCCGUCACCAGCACCGGGUUCACGGCAAAGCGCGAGGACGGCGAGCAGAAGCUCUAUGCGCUCGACGACUUCAUUGGGCCCAAGGCGAAGGUCCCUGGCUUCAAGCUCAUCGACUGGGAUGGCAGGGAGACCGCCGGCCUAACGACGCCAGAUGGGCGCGUCUUCGGCGUCCUCGCAGGCCAUCCAGACGACUCGGACUGGACUAACGUCCACGAAUCCCUCGCAGACGAGAUCGCGAAGAGCGGCGAGCGCGUCAAGUUCCCCAAGGAGUCGCAGGACCAUCGUCGUGGCCAGUUUGGCGCCGAGGCGUACGGCGCAUCUCACGGCGGCGGUCAGACUGCCCCUGGUAUACUCAAGCACACGCCGGGAAUGACGGCCGUGUUAUCCUACCUUGUCGGCCUGGCUGCAAUGAUACGUAUCGCCCACUUUGCCUCCUCCGUUUUCUUCAACUGGGCGCCCGCUCUAUGGACGUUCUACGCCGACCACAUGCGCAAGCUCUUCGACAACGACCCCGACUUACGACAAAACUUCGCCCGCAGCGUGUGGGCCUGCAUAACCAUCAAUUUCGGCCCACGUACAAUCUGCUACAAACAUCGCGACUUCGGUAACCUUCCAUUUGGAUGGUGCGCCAUCACCGCCCUCGGCCGCUUCGAUCCCAACCGCGGGGGUCACCUCGUUCUUUGGGAAUGUGGGCUCGUCAUCCGCUUCCCCCCCGGCUCAACUAUCCUCAUCCCCUCCGCCAUCAUCAACCAUUCGAAUACGACGAUCGCCGACCACGAAACACGGUACAGCGUCACACAGUACACUGCCGGGGCGAUAUUUCGUUGGGUGCAGCACGGGUGCAGGCUCGACGAGAGGUACUACUCCUCCUUGUCGAGGGCAGGCCUGCGAAAGGCGAAGGAGGCUAACUCGCGGCGCUGGCGAGAGGGCGUCGAGCUUUGGUCUAAGGUGGGCGAUCUCCAAUCAACGGCGAGGGAGGCUGUACGUACAUUGAGCGCUCGUAGCGAUACUCAGUAG